AAUGUCUGAUCCUAGGAGCUGGAAUUGUACAAGGAGGAACUUCUAGACAAGCCGGCCUUACUGGCAGUCAAUAAGAUGGAUGUACCGGGAGCAGAAGAAAAGUUCCAGGAGUUGUUGAAACAGCUGGAGAAUCCACAUGAUUAUGUCCACAUGCUGCCGGAAGAGCUAGUCCCGGAGCAGCAGAUCACCUUCAGACACAUCCUCCCGGUAUCCGCUGUCUCCGGCCGAGGAAUGCAGGAGCUCACCCGCUGUCUCCGCAGGUCGCUGGAGGAUCAAGCCGAAGUAGAGAUCGGAGAAUCUGCGCAGGAAAAACUGCGAAACCUCCAUAAAAUGAGAUCGCUCCGCGUGCCAGAUAAAGUACAGACUCCAUCCUGAUCCACAGCCACCUCCGUGUCUUGUAUAUUUCUGUGUAUGAUUUUGUACAGUUUGUGUAAGCCCCAUUAAAUAUGAU